GGCGUAGGCCGCCCAACGGCCAGAGCACAAUCCAUUCCCGUUUGUCGUGCCCAGUACGGGCUUCCUUCAUAAUCUAACGACAGUUUUGAUGAAGUCUCCCAAAAAUCGGCCAUACAGGGGUCGGUUGGCCGAUAGGUGACCGCGGUACUGGUCCCUGUCUCUCCGGUCAGUGAACCGUGCCCCCCUUGUUGUUCAUCAGCCAGCAUCCUGGAUUAUUGGCUCGCGGAAAUCGUCUUCAGCUCGAAGUAGGAGAAUGCGGAUCUGCAGCAAAAGCCACAUCAUUCCACGUUCCCUGACCAACUCUCCCUCGGUCCAGCAUGGCCGAUGUUCACUUUGACCUGUCGUCGAAAGGCGGCAAGUCCAACAACAUCGACGGUUUUCCCUCGGCCUCGACACCAAAAGCGCAGCCGAAUCGACAGUCCAAAGAGCCUCCGCAGCACGGCUCCGACCUGGAUCCAUGUUCGGUCACGGCCCAUUAUGGACGCUAACAAGCCCCCGGCAAGCGACAACAAGGGCCCCACGCUCCUAGCGUCCGUGUUCGCACUCUACGCGAUUGCCCUCAUCGUCUACGUUGUACGCGUGUGGUCCCGCUUGUCGCCCAAGUUUGCGCUUACUGCCGCGGACUACGCGAUAACCGUGUCGCUACUUGCCAAGUGCGCGUCCAUCGGCCUCACGACGGCUGCGGUUCAGCAUGGCUUUGGCCGACACGCCAUUUACAUUCCCCGCGCCGACCAGUCCAUGAUCGGGAAACUCACGUUUGCCACCUUCAUCGUCAGCAUCAUUUCGUCGGGAUUUGCGAGGAUCUCCAUCGCCUCCCUACUUCUGCAGGUGACGGCCAAGCGUUGGUGGAGAGUUGCCAUUUGGGCGACCAUCGUGCUGCAGGCCAUCAUAAUGAUCCUGUACUGCGUUGUCCAGCUGGCCCAGUGUCAGUCCGUCAUCUCCAACAAGAUCAACAUCAAGCAGUCGCAGUGCCUCAUGCCGUCCCAUGUCUGGUCGUUUAGCUAUGCGUACAUCAGUCUUUCCAUGUUCAGCGACAUCGUGUGCGCCGUGAUUCCCAUCUUCCUUAUCCGCAGCCUUACUCGCUCGCUCAUCGAAAAGGUUCUCACGUCGAUCCUCCUGGCGUCGUGCCUCCUGGCCAGCGGUAUCGCCAUCGCCAAGCUCUACUUCAUGAUAACCUUCGACUUUUCCUCACCCGACGGCUUUUAUCUCAUGGUAGACGAGUUCUUCUGGUCUCGUAUGGAGGAGUCGGUCAUCAUCAUAGCCGCCUGCGCUCCUCUUCUCCGUGUUCCCAUUGAGCGGCUUCUAGUGCGGCUGGGCAUGCCUGGGUUCCAGAUCCCAGCGAGAGAUCUGAGCACGAUCAGCGUCACGCCCACGAUCAAAGAGUCGGCAUCGGGGUCGGGGUCAGACAGUCAGCGUUCUGAAGGGGAGUAUGCUGUGUGAUGUGGAGUUGGGAUGCUGUUGGUCUUGGGUGCCUUUUAUAUAUUAUAUAUUGGGAGACUUCCAUGUCUUGUUCUUGGGUCCACGGCGUUUGCUGCAUUUAUUACAUGGAAAGGCGCGGUAUCUCUUGGCUCCAGUCUCCAUACAUAGCAAUGCC